ACGGCAUUCCUAGCGACUCCCUGAUUGGUCCGCGCGGCUCAAAUUCCAGCCAAUGGGAACGCGGCGCCGCAGAUUCGGAUCCGCAGCGGAGGCACUUUUUGUUUGAGCUGUCGUCUGCGCCGCAAACACCGCCAGCCAUUUAACGCACUUUAACGGGUUUUGUCCUUCCGGAACGAACAGGAAUCUAAAAACACGAUCGAGGAGGUUUCUGUGUGGGAGACCUGAGGAGCCAGACAUGCCGGUACCGAGGGGCAAGAAGCCCGCCGUCACUGCGGGGGUGCCCAAGGGGCCCAGACCCAGUGAGAACCAGGAGGAAGGCGCGCAGGUGAAGCGGUCCUCGUCCCCCCCCCACGGAGCCCCCAAGAAGAGGACUGCCUUCAUCGACAUCACCAACGCUCAUAAGGUCCAGAUCAGCCUCCCUGGGAGGAAGAAGAAGAAGGAGACCAUGAAGAAGAAGCAGCAGCAGCCGGUGAGGAAGGCGAGCUCCUCCUCGGUGGCGACCAAGAACCAGGCCAACCUGAAGAAGUGUUCCUCUGAGAGCUCUGAGGAUUCGACCGCUGGGAGGGAGACGGCCGAGGAGGACGGCGAGGAGAACGAUGAGGUGGUGGUGGAGGAGGAGGAGGAGGAGCAGCAGGAGGCUGCAGCCCCAGUAGAAGAGCUGGUGGUUGAAGCCCCCCCUGCUGCCAAAGUGCCGGCUCACCUCCAGAAACAACACGUCCCGGCCGAGUUUGACAUCGACUCUGAGAGCUCUGAGGACUGUUACAUGUGUCCCGAGUACGCCAAGGACAUCUUUGACUACCUCAAACGCAGAGAGGAGAAGUUUGUCCUCUGCGACUACAUGGCCACGCAGCCCAGCCUCAACGCCGAGAUGAGGGCCAUCCUCAUCGACUGGCUGGUGGAGGUGCAGGAGAACUUUGAGCUGUACCACGAGACCCUGUACCUGGCCGUGAAGAUGACGGACCACUUCCUGGCCAGGACGCCGGUCAACCGGGAGCUGCUGCAGCUGGUGGGCUCCACCACGAUGCUCAUAGCCUCCAAGUUUGAGGAGCGCAGCCCGCCGUGCGUGGACGACUUCCUGUACAUCUGCGACGACGCGUACCGCAGGGAGGAGAUCAUCUCCAUGGAGGCCACCAUCCUGCAGUCGCUCUCCUUCGACAUCAGCAUCCCCAUCCCGUACCGCUUCCUCAGACGCUAUGCCAAGUGUGUGAGCGCGGGGAUGGACACGCUGACCCUGGCCCGCUUCUUCUGCGAGAUGAGCCUCAUGGAGAUGGAGCUGGUGACGGAGCGCGGCUCGCUGCUGGCCUCCGCCUGCCUGCUGCUGGCGCUGGUCACCAAGGACCUGGGAGGAUGGAGUCCCAUCCUGCAGUUCCACUCGGGCUACCGGACGGCCGAGCUGGCGCCCGUGGUCAGGAAGCUCCACCGGACGCUCUCGGCUCCUCCGGACGACAAGCUGAGGGCCAUCAGGAGCAAGUACUCCCACCAGGUGUUCUUCGAGGUGGCCUCGCUGCCGUUGGUCAGCGGCGACCUUUUGGACGAAGCUUUAUCUCAGUGAGGCGGCGACCAGUCUGUAUAUAAGUUUGUCAAUAUGUUAAUAUUUAUACGUGUGUUCUCUCCUGUCUUUUAUAACGUCGGAAAUAAACCUUUAAUUCCAGUUUGUGAUGGAAAAGAGUUGUUAUGCCGGUUCUGUUCUAGUGGUUUUUAAUGGCUUUUAUUGUGUUGCAUUUUGAGGACUCAGGUUUUUUUUCGGCAUUGAUUUUCUUUUUUAAACUUUUUAUUAGAGAAUACAAAGGAAAAGAUCUGUGUAAUUAAUCCACGUUUUAAGAUAAUACGAGCUUUCAGUAAACUUUCUACUGAUGAAUUAUGCGCCAGACAAAACAUUUUUUUAUAGGUUUUCAUACAUUGUUAAAGUUGUGUAUUUCCAUACGUUGUACAGUGUUUAUCAUGUUAAUAUCACUAUGCACAUUAUUUGUAUAAAAGACGACCAGAUGAUGCUAUUUUUAAAUAGCUGUCAUGCAUGCUCUUAAAAUAAAGUUUUUUCCCGUUUGUU